AACUUUUUCACAUUGUAGCAAAGGGAUCAAUUCUUCAGCGUUGUCCCGGGGAAAGAGAUAAUCAAGCAUUUGUAGAAAUGUGAAUAUGUAGUCACUUUUAUGAGAUGCUAUAUAUUGUAUUCUAUCACCAAAAAAUGUGAACUACAAAGGCUAAGAAUAAAAUCAACCUGCGCUACAGUCCUCAUUCCGAAGGUGGCGGUAAUGCAUCCAAAAGCCAUUUGCCACUUCUAAAUCAACUCACGAAGUAGAGAAAGAAGAAAAGGGAUUAAGUUAGCCGGAUGUCGUUGUAAAUUCCACCGCGACAGCGCUCUUUUGCCUUCAUUUGCUUAAUGCUUCUAUACCCUUACAGGCAAGCAUUUAAAAUACCAACGCUUCUUGUUGAGUUUCGUCAAAGCGAACUUUGGAAUUGUCCGAAUUAGCUUAGCUUGCUAACAGGGAGACGCCGAGGUUAGCGAGACGUCGCUAACAUCAUCGUGUCAAAGAAUGUGCAAAGUGAAAAUGCUGCGAACGUUGGUGAAGCAGCGACUGAACGUGGCCGUGGAGGAGAUAAUCGAACUGUUUGAGAGAACCAUAGCGGAGUACGAGGAGCAACUUCGUAGAAGCAAAGACGGGAACGAGAUACGACGAUGGGACGAUGUUUCCAAGCCUCGCGUUCUGUUGCUAAAAGCAGAUGUGCAGCAGGCGGAACGUCAAGAAGAGGUUCCCUCUCAAAAGCGGGAAGAUCCAGCAAAGCCCGCCCACAUUAAAGAGGAAGAGGAGGACGUGUGGAGCAGUCAGGCCGCGGAGAAGCUUCCGGGGCCGAAGGAGACUGAUUUUACAGAGUUCACAUGGACCGGCAUCCACGUUAAGAGUGAAAAUGAUGAAGGUCAGUCGUCGCAGCUUCAUCACAAUCCAGGUGAGGAGGCGUCAAGUCAACACGUGGCAAUCAAGGGUGCCGGAGAACACAGGACUCCACUCUGGGAUAUGGACGACGUGAUGUCACACUCAUCCGACACGGAUCACAGCGAUGAUGACAAAGAACCUUUGAAGACUAAAAAGAAAUCAAAGGGACCGCAUCACAGCGACGGCAAACACUUUGACUGCUCCGAAUGUGGGAAAACGUUUACCAACAAAAGCGUUUUGAAAAACCACAUGGUAACGCACACCGGGGAGAAACCUUUUAUCUGCACAGUUUGUGAUAAAAGAUUCUCCUUGAAGCAUCACAUGAAGAGACACAUGAGUGUGCACGAAGGGGGGAAAGCUUUUUUCCCCUGCUCCGUUUGCGAUAAAAGAUUCCAAGACGAGGCCGCCAUGAAGGAGCACGUGAGAACUCACGCUAUGGAGAAAGCUUUGACGUCCGGCAGCACAAGUCAAAACAUAGCAGAAGCAGACGACGACGACGACGCGCCGCUCUCAGAUAUGGACUACGUGUUGUCGCAGUCUUCCGACAGCGAUCACAGCGACGAUGCCAAAGAACCUUUGAAGAUGAAAAAGAAGAAGUCUGACGGCGAUCUGACUUAUCACGCUGAAACCAAACUGUACAUUUGCUCCGGGUGUGGCAAAACGUUUACCAACAAAAGCGUUUUACGAAAUCACAUGGUGACGCACACUGGAGAGAAACCUUUCGCUUGCUCGGUUUGUGACAAAAGAUUCUCCUUCAAGCAGAAUAUGAGGAGACACAUGGCCAUACACACGGGGGAGAAACCCCAUUCCUGCGGCUUUUGCGACAAAAGAUUCUACGAUAAGUUUGAAAUGAAGAGACACAUGCUGACGCACACAUCCGAGAAGCCUUUCACGUGUUCCGUCUGCGCCAAAAGUUUCAACCGCAGCUCGCAUUUUCGAAUGCACAUGAAAAGACACGCGUCGGAGAAACCUUCCACCUCCAGCAGCUCAAGUCAACACGUGCCGACGGAAGCGGACGGAGAACCCGGCGAAGAUCCCCGCUCGCAAGCGAACAAUUUCGCCCCACUUUCGGAUAUGGAAGACAUGAUGUCACAAUCGUCCGACGCCGACCACAGCGACGAUCCCAAAGAACCUUCGGAGACUCUAAAGAAUUCCGAAGUUGACGUGGCGCAUCCCGCCGACGGCAAACAAUUUAACUGUUCUAUAUGUGAUAAAACGGUCGCCAACAAAGGAAGUUUGAAAACUCACAUGCUAACGCACACCGGGGAGAAACCUUUCGCCUGCCCCAUAUGCGAUAAGCGAUUCUCCAUCAAGCAGAACAUGAAGAGACACAUGGCCAUUCACACUGGGGAGAAACCGUACUCUUGCUCCGUGUGCGCGAAAAGAUUCUACGUGGAGUUUGAAAUGAAACGACACAAGCGGAUACACACGUCCGAGAAACCUUUCAUGUGUUCUCUUUGCGGCAAAAGCUUCUCGUGCAGCAAUUACCUCACGCUGCACCUGAGCACGCACACGUCGGAGAAGCCGUUCGCGUGUGCGGUGUGCGCUAAAAACUUCUCUCAUAAAUCCUAUCUCAGACAACACAUGAGAAUACAUGCGACGGAGAAGCCCUUCACGUGUUCCGUUUGCUCGAAAGGAUUCUCCAGUCGCUCGUAUCUCAGAAUACACAUGAGCCUGCACACGGGGGAGAAAAUUUUCAGGUGUUCGUUCUGCGACAAAAGUUAUUCCCGCCGAUCGCAGUUCAGAAAGCACAUGAGGACGCACGCCGGGGAGAAGUCGUUCACCUGUUCGGUUUGUGCAAACAGAUUCAUAGAUUUAGAGUGCCUCAUCGUGCACAUGAGAAAGCAUGCGGAGGACAAUCCUUUGGCUUCCAGCAGCUCGAGUCAACUCAUGGCAGCGGAAGCCGAUGGCGAACCGGCAGACAAUUUUGCGCCACUCUCAGAUUUGGACGACGUCAUGUCACAGUCGUCCGACACGGAGCACAGUGACCAAGCCGAAGAACCUUUGGAGACAAUUAAGGACUCUUGAGAGCGAUAACACACAUCGCCUUGGCAACAGUGGCGAUAUGUCCGUCACCUAUCGACUAUUAAAGCUGUUAAAUUAUCAUCACAACAUCACAAAGUUGUACUAAGCAACUGUGCUGAGAAACCGCGCUGACACGACCUUGACUGAAGUCCACUAAGUGUACCGCUACCCCACCAGAUAUUCAGUUUGAAUUGAAAAAGCGUCAUAUUUCUCAUUGAAUGGAAAUUGUUUACGUAUUGAUUGUUGGCUUAAG